AUCCUUCACUUCUCGGCCGCAGCCGCCGGGCCCCACCAACAUCACCAAAAACUGCAACAGCCGUACCGUACUUCUGUACAGUACGCGCUCCUCCUCAUGGCCACGGAUUGGGGCAAUUACAAGAAUUACCAUGGACCGUCAAGCCAAAUCCCAGGUUCUGCCACCGCAAUGCAUUGCCCGGAUGCCCGCCUGGCCCUGCUGGACAGCCUGGUUCCGGGACUAUUCGCCGCCAAGCACAUCCUCGACAUUGGCUGCAAUACGGGCAACGUGACUUGCCAACUGGGUAUGUGAGCCGGGAUCCCCUCCCAGCCAUGCAAGCGAUUAUUGCGUUCCCUACUGAUAUCCAAUCCACCCGCAAAGGCUUCGACUUCGCUGCCGCUUCCGUCACAGGAGUCGACAUCGACCCGGAGCUGGUCCAGCAAGCUGAAAACUCCUUCGCCUUGCGUGCCUCUCGCGUACGCCCAGCGACCAGUGACUCCGAACGCAUCGUGGAUUACUUCCCCAUCUCCGUUGUGCUGGAGCACGGUUACCGCUUUGAACCACGAACCAAUAUCGCCUCCCAACAAGAUUCCGAACUCGCCACGUUCCCCGAGUGGCCGCGUGUGAGCUUUUUCUCCGGCGAUUGGGUCACAUCAGCAAACCGGGCUACCGAAGGUCCAUACGACGUGAUCCUGGCCUUAAGUGUCAUCAAAUGGAUACACCUGGAGCAUGGCGACGACGGCCUGGUGACUUUCUUCCGCAAGUGUGCGUCAUCGCUCGCUCCCGGCGGCUAUCUCGUUAUCGAACUGCAGCCAUGGAAAUCGUAUGAGAGAGCUGUUCGCCCUGGCGUUGCCCCUCACUUCAUGGAAAGUUUCCGCAAGUUGAAGUAUCGCCCUGAAACUUCCUUCUCUGCUUUAUUGCAAGAGCACGGGCUCCACCUCUGCAACGAGUCCGACGCCCUCCCCCGUCGGAUCUCCGUCUACCACAAAGCAUGACAUGCGGUGCCAGGACCAUCUCGGCUUGACACCCGCACUACUAUGUGACAAUCGUCACUGCUGGAACUAUGCCUCUCUUCAUGUACUCUGUAUCGG